GUGGUCAAGACUGGACUUGAGGAAGGAAAAGAAGCUGGCUAUCUUUCUGAAUCUCAGAAAUUUGGAGAGCUUGCGAUGACCAGAGAAUCAAAGGCCUUGAUAGGGCUGUACCAUGGUCAGGUCCUGUGCAAGAAGAAUAAAUUUGGAACGCCACAGAAGGAGGUCAAGAACCUCGCUGUUCUUGGUGCAGGGCUGAUGGGAGCUGGCAUUGCCCAAGUCUCUGUGGACAAGGGCCUAAAGACUAUACUUAAAGAUGCUACGCUAACCGGGCUGAGCCGAGGACAGCAACAAGUGUUCAAAGGACUGAACGAUAAAGUGAAGAAGAAAACUCUAACAUCAUUUGAAAGAGACUUCAUUUUCAACAACUUGACUGGGCAGCUUGAUUACCAGGGUUUUGAAAAGGCCGACAUGGUGAUUGAAGCUGUUUUUGAGGACAUUAAUCUUAAGCACAAAGUACUGAAGGAAGUAGAAGCGGUGAUUCCAGCUCAUUGUGUUUUUGCCAGUAACACAUCGGCUCUCCCAAUCAAUGAAAUUGCUUCUGUCAGCAAAAGACCUGAGAAGGUGAUUGGCAUGCACUACUUCUCUCCUGUGGACAAGAUGCAGCUGCUGGAGAUUAUCACAACCGAGAAGACGUCUAAGGACACGACUGCGUCCGCUGUCGCAGUGGGUCUCAAGCAGGGGAAGGUCAUCAUUGUGGUUAAGGAUGGACCUGGCUUCUAUACCACGAGGUGUCUCGCACCCAUGAUGUCUGAAGUCAUCAGAAUUCUCCAGGAAGGAGUUGGCCCUAAGAAGCUGGAUUCCCUGACCACAGGCUUUGGCUUUCCUGUGGGUGCUGCCACACUGGUGGAUGAAGUUGGUGUUGAUGUAGCAAAACACGUAGCAGAAGACCUAGGCAAAGCCUUUGGGGAGAGGUUUGCAGGUGGAAGCCUGGAGCUGCUGAAACAGAUGGUGGCCAAGGGCUUCCUGGGUCGCAAGUCUGGGAAGGGCUUUUAUGUCUACAAGGAGGGUGUGAAGAGUAAGGAUUUGAAUUCUGACAUGGAUAGUGUUUUGGCAGGCCUGCAGGUGUCUCCUAAGCCUGAAGUCUCCUCUGACGAAGACAUCCAGUACCGCCUGGUGUCACGGUUCGUGAACGAGGCCGCCAUGUGCCUGCAGGAAGAGAUCUUGGCCACACCUGCAGAGGGAGACAUCGGAGCGGUCUUUGGACUCGGCUUCCCCCCCUGUCUUGGAGGGCCCUUCCGCUUUGUGGAUCUGUAUGGUGCUCAGAAGAUAGUGGACCGGCUCAAGAGGUACGAGGCUGCCUACGGGAAACAGUUCACCCCAUGCCAGCUGCUGAUCGACCAGGCUAGCGCUAACAAGAAGUUUUACCAGUGAGCAGCUCACACCUGCUCGCUCCCCACUAACCCACCUGCCGCAGUGCUGGUCUCCAACAGAGUGGCACCUAGAUUUAUCCGUAACCGGAGGGAAGACAAACACUGGCAUUGGGUGUGUGCCUUGAUUAAAGUGCCUUCAGCUAAGACUGUCUCUUCCUCCCGGUGAAGUCUGGCUGUGUUUGCACUUCCUGUUGGAAGGUGAACCCACUGUGCUCACGAAUCUAUGAGCCCAAAGAUCCAAAGUGGCAGCGUUCCUCCCAGGAAGCCAGUGGUGGCGAGGGCAGUCACACACUCAGCCAAACACAGGAUAAUAAAAACCAAACUUAUUUAUCAGCC